AUGCCAAUCCCGCCAGGAAUCUACGAUGAGGUCUGCCGGUUAAUCAAAACCAAGAUCGCGGCCGGCGUUUACGAGCCCUCAAACUCCUCGUACCGAUCUCGUUGGUUCACGGUGGUGAAGAAGACCAACAGCACCGCGACCGGGACCAAACUCCAUAUCGUCCACAGCCUCGAACCGCUCAACGCGGUCACCAUACAGCACUCAGGUGUGCCUCUGUAUACCGAUCAAAUCGCUGAGCAGUUUGCAGGUCGCGCUUGCGGAGGGAUUCUCGAUCUCUACGUCGGGUACGACGAACGAGGUCUCGACGAGAAAUCACGCGAUUACACGACAUUCCAG